CUGUCGCUGUGCAGGACAGAGAGAGAGACAGGGAUCGAGGAGACGCAGAGGUAGAAAAGAGCCAGAGAGCGCAGCGACCAUCUCUUUCUGUCCAACUGUGGGCCAACAGCACUCCCAACAAUCUCGUUUCCCCCCACUGGGACUGUUCGUGGGGAGGGAGCUGCGGGUUCGCGCGCGCGCGCACACACGCACUCAAACACCCGCAAACACACACCUCCUGUAACCACAGGCUGCUGCGCGCAUUGGAGCGGAGGCGCCGGAGACGCACAGACCUUCAGGAGCUCAGUCCGCCGUUGAACACAAGUUACAAAGAAAGAAAGAAAGAAAGAGAGAGAGAGAAGGAGAGGCCACGUAAAGUUGAGCAGACUCCACCCAGAAAGAACUCCAGCGAACCAGGACACAGCCGAGACCAUAAAAAUGAGUGGUUCCCACCCCCGGCUCCACCAGAGCGCCGCGCCCGCUCCUAACGCUCCCUCCACGGAUAAGGACGCAGAAAUGCCCGCCACGGAGAAAGACCUGGCCGAGGACGCGCCGUGGAAGAAGAUCCAGCAGAACACCUUCACCCGUUGGUGCAACGAGCAUCUGAAAUGCGUCAACAAGCGGAUCGGAAAUCUGCAGACGGACCUCAGCGACGGGCUGCGGCUCAUCGGGCUCCUGGAGGUGCUGUCCCAGAAGAAGAUGUUCCGAAAGUACAACCAGAGGCCCACCUUCCGCCAGAUGCAGCUGGAGAACGUGUCCGUGGCUCUGGAGUUCCUGGACAAGGAGAACAUCAAGCUGGUGUCCAUAGACUCUAAAGCCAUUGUGGAUGGGAACCUGAAGCUGAUCCUGGGUCUCAUCUGGACCUUGAUCCUGCACUACUCCAUCUCCAUGCCCAUGUGGGAUGAGGAGGAGGAGGCGGACGAGGGCAGGCAGAAGACGCCCAAGCAGAGGCUGCUGGGAUGGAUCCAGAACAAACUGCCGGAGCUCCCCAUCACCAACUUCAACAGAGACUGGCAGACCGGCCGGGCCCUGGGUGCCCUGGUUGACAGCUGUGCUCCAGGUCUGUGUCCUGACUGGGACCAGUGGGAUCAGACCAAGCCCGUGGACAACGCCCGUGAGGCUAUGCAGCAGGCUGAUGACUGGCUGGGAAUCCCACAGGUGAUCACCCCUGAGGAGAUUGUUGACCCCAAUGUGGACGAACAUUCAGUCAUGACAUACCUGUCCCAGUUUCCUAAAGCCAAACUGAAGCCUGGGGCGCCUCUCAGGCCCAAACUCAACCCUAAGAAGGCCCGUGCUUACGGUCCAGGUAUCGAGCCUGUAGGUAAUGUUGUGAUGAAAAAGGCUAAUUUCACCGUGGAGACCAUCAGUGCAGGAAUGGGCGAGGUCUUGGUUUACGUAGAGGAUCCAGCAGGACACAGAGAGGAGGCUAAAGUGACAGCAAACAAUGAUAAGAACCGCACCUACUCUGUCAUCUACGUCCCUAAAGUCACAGGCAUGCACAAGGUGACGGUGCUGUUUGCCGGGCAGCACAUCUCUAAGAGCCCCUUCGAGGUGGAGAUUGGCAUGGCUCAGGGAGACUCCAGCAAAGCCACAGCCCAGGGCCCUGGCAUCGAGCCCUCAGGGAACAUUGCCAAUAAGACCACCUACUUUGACGUCUACACAGCAGGUGCUGGCGUUGGUGAGGUAGAGGUGGUGAUCAUGGACCCGGCUGGUAAGAAGACCACAGUGCCUUGCACCAUUGAGGACAAGGGCAACAGUAGCUACCGCUGCACCUACAAACCCACACAGGAGGGUCAACACACCAUCUUUGUCACGUUCGCCGGAGGACAGAUCAGCAAAAGUCCCUUCACCGUCGGUGUUGGAGAAGCGUGUAACCCCAGCCUGUGCAGAGCUAAGGGCCGUGGCCUGCAGCCAAAGGGCCUGCGGGUGAAGGAGACUGCAGACUUUAAGGUUUACACUAAAGGAGCCGGCACUGGAGAGCUUAAGGUCACCAUUAAAGGCCCCAAGGGUCUGGAGGAGCCGUGUAAGAGGAAGGAUCUUGGAGAUGGCGUCUAUGGGUUUGACUAUUUCCCCACCACACCUGGAACCUACAGCAUCACCAUCACCUGGGGAGGGCAGCACAUCCCCCGCAGUCCUAUUGAGGUCAAGAUUAGCCCUGAGGCUGGCCAGCAGAAGGUGAGAGCCUGGGGUCCAGGACUGGAGGCUGGUGUUGUUGGUAAAUCUGCUGAUUUUGUGGUGGAAGCUGUUGGAGACAACGUCGGUACACUGGGUUUCUCUGUUGAAGGCCCGUCUCAGGCCAAAAUUGAAUGUGAUGACAAGGGAGAUGGAUCCUGUGACGUGCGCUACUGGCCCACUGAGCCCGGAGAGUAUGCUGUGCAUGUACUGUGCAACAACGAAGACAUCCAGCACUCUCCUUUCAUGGCUGAGAUUGUCAACCCUCCAGGAAAGGACUUCUACCCUGACAAGGUCAAGGCCCAUGGUCCAGGUCUGCAGAGCACUGGUCUGGCUGUUGGAAAACCCACAGAGUUUACAGUUGACGCCAAGCAGGGAGGAAAAGCUCCUCUGAAGAUUUUGGCUCAGGACGGUGAUGGUACUCCUGUUGAUGUACAGGUUAAAGAUAACGGCAACGGCACCUACACCUGCAGCUACACCCCGAAGAAGCCUGUGAAACACACCAUCAUGGUCUCCUGGGGGGGAGUCAACAUCCCUGACAGUCCGUUCAGGAUGAACAUCGGUGCAGGUUGCCAUCCAAACAAAGUAAAGGUGUCAGGACCUGGUGUAGCCAAGACUGGCCUGAAGGCCUUCGAACCCACAUAUUUUACUGUGGACUGUGCAGAAGCUGGUCAAGGUGACAUCAGCAUCGGGAUCAAAUGCGCCCCGGGCGUAGUUGGACCAGCAGAGGCCGACAUCGACUUCGACAUCAUCAGGAAUGACAACGACACGUUCACUGUGAAGUACACUCCUCCUGGAGCAGGCAGCUACACCAUCAUGGUGCUGUUUGCAGACCAUGCCAUUCCUAUGACACCCAUCAGGGUCAAAGUGGAUCCUUCUCACGAUGCCAGUAAAGUGAAAGCAGAAGGACCUGGACUCAGCCGCAAUGGCAUUGAACUGAACAAACCCACCCAUUUCACAGUCAGCACCAAAGGAGCAGGAAAGGCCAACCUCGACUGCAGCUUCAGCAGCCCGACCAAAGGAGAAGCCGUCAAAGACUUUGAAAUUAUCAAUAACCACGACAAUACUCACACUGUCAAAUACACACCUGUACAGCAGGGGCCUCUGGGAGUUGCUGUGACCUACGGGGGAGACCAUAUUCCCAAGAGCCCGUUCAAUGUGGGCGUGGCUCCCAGUCUGGACCUCAGCAAGAUCAACGUCACAGGCCUCCCAGACAAGAUGACCGUGGGCAAAGACCAGGAAUUUACAGUCAAAUCAAAGGGUGCUGGAGGUCAGGGAAAGGUUGCUGCUGUGGUGACUGGACCUUCAGGAAAACCUGUGGCCAGCAAGGUUGAGCCAGGACUCAGUCCAGAAACCAGUCAGGUGAAGUUCAUUCCACGAGAGGCUGGGCCAUACCAGGUGGAGCUGACCUAUGACGGUGCUCCCAUCCCUGGAUCACCCUUCACCCCCACAGCUUACCCUGCUACAGACCCCUCCAAGGUUCGCUGCUCUGGGCCAGGUCUGGAGCGAGCCAAGGUCGGGGAAACAGGAGAGUUCAUCGUGGACUGUACAAAUGCUGGUCCGGCAGAACUGACCAUCGAGAUCAUCUCGGACAGUGGCACCGAGGCUGAGGUCCAUAUCCAGGACAACGGAGAUGGGACCUACACCAUCACCUACAUCCCUCUGUACCCUGGCUCGUACACACUCACCAUCCGCUAUGGUGGCAAGGAUGUGCCCAACUUCCCUGCCCGGCUCAACGUGGAGCCCGCAGUUGACACCAGUGGAGUUCGUGUCUUUGGGCCAGGAGUGGAGGGCAAAGGUGUUUUCCGUGAGGCGACUACAGACUUUACUGUGGACGCUCGUGCUCUCUCACAGAAGGGAGGUGACCACAUCAAAACUCUCAUCGCUAACCCAUCAGGCAGUCGCACUGACGCUAUGAUCACAGAUCUGGGAGAUGGCACCUACAAUGUGGAGUACACUCCUUAUGAAGAGGGCCCCCACAGUGUGGAGGUGUGCUACGAUGGCUCUCCGGUGCCCAAGAGUCCAUUCCGUGUUGCGGUCACAGAGGGAUGUGAUCCAGCCAGGGUUCACGUGCACGGCCCUGGCCUGAAAGGUGGAAUCACCAAUAAGCCUAACAAGUUCACAGUGGAGACCAGAGGAGCCGGCACUGGUGGUCUGGGUCUGGCCAUGGAGGGUCCAUCCGAGGCCAAGAUGUCCUGCACUGAUAAUAAAGACGGCAGCUGCAGUGUUGAGUACAUCCCGUAUGAGCCUGGCACCUACAACCUCAACAUCACCUAUGGAGGACAGCCUAUCACAGGUAGUCCGUUCUCUGUGCCAGUCAGUGACACAGUGGACAGUACCAAGGUCAAAUGCCAAGGUCCAGGCCUGGGCAACAAUGUCAGGGCCAACAUUCCUCAGGCCUUCACAGUGGAUGCUUCCAAAGCUGGAGUGGCCCCACUGCAGGUCCGUGUGCAAGGACCAAAAGGCGUGGUGGAGCCUGUGGAAGUGGUGGAUAACGGUGACCAGACUCACACCGUCAACUACGUUCCCACCAGAGAGGGGCCUUACUCCAUCAACGUGCUGUAUGCUGAUGAGGAGAUCCCACGCAGCCCAUACAAGGUAAAGGUGCUGCCCACCCAUGAUGCCAGUAAAGUGCGUGCCAGCGGGCCAGGCCUCAACACCACUGGGGUGCCAGCUUCUCUGCCUGUGGAAUUCACAAUCGAUGCCAAAGAUGCAGGAGAGGGACUCCUGGCUGUGCAGAUCACGGACCCUGAGGGCAAACCGAAGAAGGCCAACAUCCGCGACAACCACGAUGGCACAUACUUGGUGUCCUACGUCCCCGACAUGACGGGCAGAUAUACCAUCCUCAUUAAGUACGGAGGGGAUGAGAUCCCAUAUUCACCUUACCGUAUCAGAGCCCUGCCCACCGGAGACGCCAGCAAGUGCACAGUCACAGUCUCAAUCGGCGGUCAUGGUUUAGGCGCUGGCGUUGGCCCGACCAUUCAAAUUGGCGAGCAGACAGUCAUCACAGUUGACGCCAAGGCUGCUGGAAAAGGCAAAGUGACAUGCACCGUCUGUACGCCCGAGGGGGCAGAGGUUGACGUGGACGUUGUUGAAAACGAAGACGGCACUUUUGACAUCUUCUACACUGCGCCACAGCCCGGCGAGUAUGUCAUCUGCGUCCGCUUCGGAGGCGAGCACAUACCUAACAGUCCCUUCCAAGUCACGGCACUGGAAGGAGCUCCAUCAGACCAACUCAUGCAGCAGAGCCAAAUGCCCCAAUACUACGCUCAACAGCCCUGGGCAACGGACAGACCAAUGGGACUCAACGGUUUGGAUGUGGCAGGGCUGAGACCCUUCGACCUGGUCAUUCCAUUCACCAUUCAGAAAGGAGAGAUCACAGGUGAGGUCCGAAUGCCAUCAGGCAAGGUUGCCAAACCCGACAUCGCCGACAACAAAGAUGGCACAGUUACGGUUAAGUACGCGCCCACUGAGGCUGGUCUGCAUGAGAUGGACAUCAAAUAUGAUGGAAUCCACAUCCCUGGAAGUCCUCUACAGUUCUACGUUGACUACAUGAACAGCGGUAACGUCAGCGCCUAUGGUCCUGGUCUCAUCCACGGCACCGUCAACAAGCCUGCCAUCUUCACUGUUGACACCAAAGAUGCUGGAGAAGGUGGUCUGUCUCUGGCCAUUGAGGGUCCAUCCAAGGCUGACAUCAGCUGUGUGGACAACCAAGACGGGACGUGCACUGUGUCCUACUUGCCUGUCCUGCCCGGAGACUACAGCAUCCUGGUCAAAUACAAUGACAAGCACAUCCCUGGCAGCCCCUUCGCUGCUAGGAUUACUGGUGAUGACUCCAUGAGGAUGUCCCAUCUGAAGGUGGGCUCAGCAGCAGAUAUCCCACUGGACAUUGGAGAGUUUGACCUCAGUCAGCUGACUGCCUCCCUGACCACACCCUCAGGACGUGAGGAGCCCUGUCUGUUGAAGAUGCUGCGUAACGGACACGUUGGUAUCUCAUUUGUUCCUAAGGAGAUCGGUGAGCACCUGGUGAACAUCAAGAAGAAUGGUCGCCACAUUCCCAGCAGCCCUAUUGCUGUUAUGAUCAGCCAAUCGGAGAUCGGAGACGCCAGCCGCGUACGCGUGAGCGGCCAGGGUCUGAGUGAGGCCAGGACAUUUGAGCCAGCUGAGUUCAUCAUCGACACACGUGAUGCAGGCUACGGUGGUUUAAGUCUGUCCAUUGAGGGACCCAGUAAAGUGGACAUCAACACUGAGGACCAGGAAGAUGGCACCUGCAAGGUCACCUACUGCCCUACAGAGCCAGGCAAUUACAUCAUCAACAUCAAGUUUUCUGACCAGCAUGUGCCAGGAAGUGCUUUUACAGUUAAAGUAACCGGAGAAGGCAGAAUGAAGGAGAGCAUCACCAGGAAGAGGAGAGCACCAUCGGUGGCUAAUGUGGGCAGCCAGUGUGACCUCAGCCUCAAAAUCCCAGAGAUCAGCAUAGCCGACAUGACCGCUCAGGUGACCAGCCCGUCUGGACAGAUCCACAAGGCUGACAUCAUGGAAGGAGAGAACAACACCUACUGCAUUCGCUUCGUCCCCACCGAGACAGGUGUCCACACUGUGUGUGUGAAAUACAAUGGCAUGCAUGUGCCUGGAAGUCCCUUCCAGUUCACUGUGGGCCCUCUGGGAGAAGGUGGAGCUCACAAAGUUCGUGCUGGAGGACCAGGCCUGGAGAGAGCAGAAGCUGGAGUUCCAGCCGAGUUCAGUAUCUGGACGCGAGAGGCUGGAGCCGGGGGUCUCAGUAUUGCUGUGGAGGGGCCGAGCAAGGCUGAAAUUGCCUUUGAGGACCGUAAGGAUGGCUCCAGUGGAGUGUCCUACAUUGUGCAGGAGCCUGGAGACUACGAGGUUUCCAUCCGCUUCAACGAUGAGCACAUCCCCGACAGUCCCUUCAUCGUUCCCGUGGCCUCGCCUUCAGACGACGCCCGUCGCCUUACUGUUGCCAGUCUUCAGGAGUCCGGUUUGAAGGUGAACCAGCCAGCAUCGUUUGCCGUCAGCCUUAAUGGAGCCAAGGGUGUGAUCGACGCAAAGGUGCACAGCCCGUCUGGAGCCCUGGAGGAAUGCUGUGUCACAGAGAUUGACCAAGAUAAAUACGCAGUGCGGUUCAUCCCCAGAGAGAACGGUCUUUAUCUUAUUGACGUUAAGUUCAAUGGAAGUCACAUUCCAGGAAGUCCAUUCAAGAUCAGAGUUGGAGAGACAGGCCAGUCUGGAGAUCCUGGCAUGGUGUCGGCUUAUGGACCAGGACUGGAGGGAGGCACCACAGGAACUUCUUGUGAAUUUGUUGUUAACACCAGCAACGCCGGCCCCGGGGCCUUAGCUGUGACCAUUGACGGGCCAUCUAAGGUGAAGAUGGACUGCGUGGAGUGUCCUGAGGGCUACAGGGUCACAUACACCCCAAUGGCUCCUGGCAACUAUCUCAUCUCCAUCAAAUAUGGUGGCCCUUACCACAUUGUUGGAAGUCCCUUCAAAGCCAAGAUCACUGGUUCCAAGCUCGUGUCCAGCCACAGCAUGCACGAAACCUCCUCUGUAAUGGUUGACCCUGUGACCCGUGCCAUCAGCGGCACUCAGCAGGGAGCUCCCAUCCAAUCAGAUGCCAGCAAAGUGGUGGCUAAGGGUCUGGGUCUGACCAAGGGCUACAUCGGUCAGAAGAAUAGCUUCAGUGUUGACUGCAGCAAAGCUGGUCGUAACAUGCUCCUAGUUGGCGUCGAUGGUCCUAAGGUGCCCUGUGAGGAGAUCCUAGUCAAACAUCUGGGCAACCGCCUGUACAACGUCAGCUACCAGCUCAAAGAGAAGGGAGAGUACAUCCUGGUCAUCAAAUGGGGAGAUGAACACAUCCCAGGCAGUCCAUACCACAUCACUGUCUAAAUCCCAGCCCAUAGUCAACAAACUUAAAACCAGUGUUUGUUUCAAAAUAAAAAUAAAAAUUCCAUCUUUAAUCUAACUAAUUGAUGUUUACAGCCACACAAGCCCCUCCAAUAUUACAAGUUGACAUGCCUGGUCAUUUUUGCAUCUUGUUUUACAAUAAAUCCUUCAGAUUUUCUUCUAAGUGUAUAGCGGCAAACUCACAAAUAGUUCUGUCUUGAAACCACAACAAUGACACUGUCACAUGUGUGAUUACCAUCAGCCAGAUUUCUGCUACUACUCAUUUCAGGAUCUUUCCCAAAGAUGAAUAAUAAACACUGAAAGUUCCUCUCUUUUCACAACCACCACUCCAUUUGUUAAUGUCGUUAAUCCCUUCCUUCGGUAUAAUAAUGGAGAGGAAUAGAAAAGAAGCACCUUUUACAUUUACUGUAAGAUGGCAGUCAGUUGUGCCUUAGGUUGUUUUACAUUUUCUGAGCAGGUUGGUCUAAUCUAGUUUUAGGAUAGCUUUAGCUUAGCUUAGCAGCAACAGUAGUUCUAGACCCUGCAUUAGAUGAAAGGUUGCAUUUUACACUGGAGGAGCUACUCUUAUAUACAAACAUUGAUUCAUUUUUAUUAUAGACAGUCUGUCUUUGGAUUCUGAUCUGUGGGAUUAUAUGUGACACUUCCUGUUUCAACUGUCCAAUUAAAAACAAAACAAGCCUGUCCCAAUCAUAUCAUCUUCAUUGCAGCACUGGCUCAAUCCACCAUGAUGCAUGUUGCUCACAAUGUUCUUUAGCUAACCUGAUUGUUAAACAUGCUGCUAGUGUGAUCCAGUUUUAGCCACUGCUGUUCCUAAUAAAACGGAAAAGUGACAGAGUACUUGAGAUGACGAUAUUCAGUAGGACAACAAAGGUUAACGGAGAGAGGACACAUUUCCUUGUAGCUUACUUUUCCCUGUCACCCCUUUUCUACCUUUUAUGCUGAAGUGUUUUUGUUCCACACAUGUAGAAAGAUACUGAAUUCCAUUGGCGUGAAAUGUGGUUUAGGUAGUUCACCUUUGGCUGCGGACCACAAGUUUUAAUAAAAAUGAAAAGGGAUAAAAAAGGGAAGUUCAGUGAAGUUGUUGACAUAAGGGCUGACGAUGAUUUGGUUUGUCUGUCCUGUGAAAGGGGGAAGCAUGAAUUGUGAUGGACCGAAUUGAGACAAAAUUAGUUGAUCUUUUAGCUCCGUGUUUAAACAUCACCCACUUUUGGACCCCAUUCAUCUUCGUAGCUUGCUUUGUGCAUAAUCUAUAUUCUUGAACAAAAAAUGGAUCUUGUCCUAAAUAAAAGGCUUUAAAAGUGUUUGUAAGACAGUAUUUUGAUACACAAUAAAGUUGUCUAAGUAUUUUUCUGUCAAUGUAA